CUACGUCGCCCCUCUAGCUUGGGAAAGUCGCGUACACACCCAGUCUCUACAUCCAGAUCGCGCACAGCUCCGCGGGGCUCCGACACAACUCACCAUUCGCGCAUUAUGGCGCACCAAAAACGUAUUCCCAAGGUAGCCAUUCCGAAACUCGAUCGUGGUCCCCCACCCCCACCCAAGAAACCGGCGCAGAAUCGAGAGGAUCGAGUGACCAGAGCCUGCAAGACCUGCCGCAAACGAAAGGUCAAGUGCUCUGGUGAUGUCCCACGCUGUGCCAAUUGUCAGGCCACUGGCCUUAAUUGUGUCUACGAGCAAGCACGGCGCGAUCGCUUGAAGGAGUAGCUUUCUCCAAAUGCGCUACAAAUAUGCAACAGCCACUAACCGCCUGUAGAGCGAUCGACCUGAACCAUACCUUGG